CCAGGUAACAGUCAAGCACAGAAACGAUAAUACUCACAUGCAUAGUGAGGCCGAACGUGUUUAAUGUUGGGUAUUCGUAAACAAAUUUCUGAAUCAAAAAGCUUGAAAGACUUCGGUAGAAUGCCUAACAUUAAGGUUUUUAGUGGAAGUUCUCAUGUUGAUCUUGCACAGAAAAUAUGCGAUCGUCUUGGAAUAGAACAAGGCAAAGUUGUUACCAAGAAAUUCAGCAACGGAGAAUGCAGUGUUGAGAUCGGAGAAUCUGUCCGUGGAGAAGAUGUGUACAUUGUACAGAGUGGUUGUGACGAGGUGAAUGAUAUGUUGAUGGAAUUGUUGAUCAUGAUAAAUGCCUGUAAGAUAGCAUCUGCAUGUCGUGUCACAGCUCUCAUUCCAUGUUUCCCAUACGCAAGACAGGAUAAAAAAGAUAAAAGCAGAGCUCCUAUAUCUGCCAAGUUGGUAGCCAAUAUGUUGUCAGUAGCAGGUGCAGAUCACAUCAUCACUAUGGACUUACAUGCUUCUCAGAUUCAGGGUUUCUUUGACAUUCCAGUUGACAAUUUAUAUGCAGAGCCAGCUGUCAUUAAAUGGAUUAAAGAAAAUAUUCAAGAUUGGAGAAACAGUUGUAUAGUUUCCCCUGAUGCUGGAGGUGCAAAAAGGGUAACUUCUAUGGCAGAUCGUCUCAAUGUUGACUUUGCUUUGAUUCACAAAGAACGUAAAAGAGCCAAUGAGGUGGCAUCAAUGGUGCUCGUUGGUGAUGUGAAGGACCAAGUAGCUAUUUUGUUGGAUGAUAUGGCUGAUACUUGUGGUACAUUCUGUCAUGCUGCUGAAAAAUUGAUAGAAGCUGGAGCCAGCAAAGUAUAUGCCAUCUGUACACAUGGAAUAUUUUCUGGUCCAGCCAUUACACGCAUCAAUGAAUCUGUGUUUGAAGCUGUAGUUGUAACCAAUACAAUACCUCAGGAAGAAAGGCAAAAACAAGCACCAAAAAUUCAGUGUAUAGAUAUAUCCAUCAUUCUAGCUGAGGCUGUGAGAAGAACACACAAUGGAGAAUCUGUCUCAUAUUUGUUUAGUCAUGUACCAUUAUAACAGAAGAAGCACAGCAUCAUGUUGUUGUCAUUUUGAAGACUUCACAAGUAAAUACAUCAUAUUAAUGAACAGAUUGUUAUCAGAUCAUGUUUAAUUUCUAAGAGGAUUCUAUGUAACUACUGCAAACAUUUAGAUUUUCAAUUCUUCUUUUUUGUCUCGCCAUGCGAGACAUAGAUAUUACUAUCCGGCGGAGGUGGCGUAAACUAUUAUAUAAAGCUUUAUAUUUCAGAAGGCAGAAGACCUGGAUGCUUCAUAUCUUGUAUGCAGAUACCUUAUGUUACGAAGUUUCCGUCUGUCAUAUGUCCAAUGCCCUUGACCUCAUUUUUCAAGUACUAUUAGCAAUAGGUCAAUUAUAUUUGGUGUAUGGAAAGUUCAUAAGUUGUACAUAUCUGUCUGGCAGGUAUCAUAUGUCCUUGACCUCAUUUUCAUGGUUCAUUGGUCAAUUUUAAGUUUCUGUGUAUUGGUCUGUUUUUCAAGUACUAUAAGCAAUAGGUCAACUAUAUUAGGUGUAUGGAAUGAUUGUAAGGUGUAUAUGUCUUGGGUUGAUAUCAUCUGACCUUAACCUCAUUUUCAUGGUUCAUUGGUCAAUGUUCUAAGUUUUUUUUUGUUUUGGUCUAUUUUUCAAUUAUCAUAAACAAUAGGUCAACUAUAUUUUGUGUAUGAAAAAUUUUUAAGGUGUAUAUGUCUGUCUGACAGCAUUUAUCUGACCUGAGUUUCUGUGAUAAUUUUAGUUAAACUUUUAUCUUUAAGACUUUCAACAUAAAAUCAAUGGUCAGUAAAGCAGGUGAGACAUUUCAGCGUGUGCACUCUUGUUUAUUUUUUUUUAUUAUGUUUAUUUGUGAAAUUGUUUUCACUUGAUGUACAUACACAAAACCUUGUUAUUCAAACUUCAGUAUGUUUUGAGAUUGUAGAAUACUUAAGUAGGUAUAUAUGACAGAACAACUGUUUCCAUAGAAAAUAUAAGGUGUUUCCUUUGAAAAUGCAAUUUAAGAUAAAAAUUUCAAUUAUAAGGAUGUUUGCUACUCUUGUUUUUGACUUUUUAUUAGAAAUUCAGAAUCCUCUAGUUUGUAAAGCCAAUAAAAUAAUUCCUGCCAACCCCAACUUUUCUUUCCAUAAUUUUAUGACGUAUAGUUUAAAAAGCCAUUUUUUAUCCUCGCGACGGGGGCAUUGAGUGUGACCCUUGACCGUCGGUCUUUCCGUCCUUCCAUCUUUCUGUUCGUCCGUCCCAUUAUCGUUGCAAGGCUUGAGUGGGAGCAUUCAUGUCCUCAGACACAUUCUUCUUUUAUUUAAAUCUUAUAAUAUCUUUUUUAUUUUUUCAUAGUUUUAGGAAGAUAAAAGGUACCAAUGUUAAAUGUAUGAACAAUAUAGAGAGAAUCAUUUCCCACCAAAUUUUCAACUGGUUAUAUCUAUAAAAAGAAGAAAUGAAAAAACAAGGACACAGACCUUUCAUUUUUUAUGCUUUUUAAGUUCCCUUAUUUAUACUAUGAAUUUAUAACAGUCUUUUAAAAAGCUGGUUAUUUUGGAACAGAGGAGCGAACAUCCUUAAGAAGAUUCUAGGUGAUUGUGAUGUAAAUCAGUAUAUUUGGUUUUAUAUAGUGCUAUUGUUGUUUAUGUUUCAAUCUACUUUAUAACAUGUUUGACAUGUAUUUAGAUGAGGAUGUUAAAAGUCAUAGAAUUACACAAUUUUCAAAUGUUGAAGAAAUGACUUGAUUGAGAAGUUACUUAUAAAGACAACUUCUUUGAAUUAAUAAUUAUAUACUGUAAUUUAUUAAUGCGAAUAAUGCAACUGGUUGAGAAUUACAUUUUUGAUAUCUGUUACAUAUAUCUGUAUGCAAUUUUUCCUGAAAUCACAAUAAUUAAUCUAAAUUUUGGUUGAUCAUGUCAAAAUCGCAAUAAUAAAUGCUCACAAUAAUUUCUGAUUUUACAUUAUAAGUAUGUGAAUUUAUUAAAUCAAUAUGAGAAAUAAUUGAAAAAUAUGCCUUCUUACUUAAAAACAAGUUUUUUUCCCCCAUAAGAGACUAAAUGUUUGCAUGUGUUUAUUUGCAUUGUAUUUUUAUUUGUUAAAUCUUUAUACAUCAUACUAUUGUUCUUCUCUAGGACCAUUUUAAUUAGAUGCACCUCACAUUUGUCUCAUUAAAUUAACGAUUUGUUUUACAUUCCAUUAAAAAAUAACCCAUGACACUCUAGUAAUAAAGACCAAGACAAAAUUGUUCUCUAAAACGGAAAUUAUGUUCUGUGUCAACUAAUGGUCACUAGAAAAGAGUGUAUUACUUGUGGUUAGGAUAAUUGGGAAAAUAAUCAAAUUUUUGGUCAGGUUAUAUAUUUCUGUAUGUUUUAUGCAUUUUAAUGCAUAAAAUUGUCAGAUAUUGUGUGAUUACAAUGAAUUUUUAAAGAAAAUCCACAAAGCCAGAAUUACGUGUUCAGAUUUAUUUUGUUGGUAUGAAUAGUUUAUCAUGUUAAAACUUUGCACUUUUGAAAUUCAUAUUUGUUGACCUUUGAAGUGUCAUUUCAUUUAUACAUUGUGUUGUUGUAUGAUAUGUUUUGUUUUCCAUAAGUAAGUCUGUAUUUAAAAGGUUAUUAUGUAUUAAUUUUAAGAAUUGAAUUUUGUGAUAAGAUAUUUUUUUUAUUUAGAAGAGUACAAGUUUUGAUAUUACAUUGUAUAAUAAAGACAAACAGAAAUAAGACAGGGAUCAAAAUACAGUGAUUCUAAGUCUAAUGAUAGUGGGAUUGCAAUAUAAAAUAAGCACCUAAUGAACUCUCAUGGUUUCUUGGAAAGGGAUUUAAGUUUGGCUAGUUCUGGAGUCUGAAUCUCCCAGGAUUAAAAUUCCUGGAAAUAGUCCAUUACAUCAAGUAAAAAAGUUAAUUGUUAAUAAAUAGAAUAUCAAUUUGUACAUUAAACAUGUUUUUAUAACUUGAUAUUAUCACAUGGUAAAAGUUCAAAAAAAAAUAGAAUAGAUGUACAUGUAUAAGGUUGUAACUGUUUUCAUACCCUUGUUUAUUUUUUAAUACUAGCAAAGACAAAAUAUUAAAAAAAAAGUUGGUUUGUAAAUUUUUUAGAAUUAUGAGAUCAAAAUCGUAAUUAUUAUAGCAUAUGAAAUACUAACAUUUUUAUUAAGAAUGAUUAACAUAAAGAUAUUUGUUAUGGAAAUAAGUGCUAGAUUGUGCCAAUCAACGAUGAUUAUACAUAAGUGUGAUAAGAUAAUGUAUUGUAACCUGGAAUUUGUUUUAACGGAUAUGAUCAGUUUAAAUAGGGUUUGGACCUCAUGUAAUUAUGUUUUGAAGUUCAUGGAUUCCCAUGUUAGAAAUAAAAUUCUUCAGCAAUGAUAA